AUGGGCUCCUGGAGCUGCUGGUGGAAGAACACAGCCCCUGGGCCUGCCUCGUGGGCACCCUCACUCUGGCCGCCUUCCUCGGCCUGGGCAUGGGCUUCUCCCGCCAGGUCCGGGUCACCGUCCUCCUGCUGCUGCCCCAGGCCUUCUCCAGGCCGGGCCCUGUUGAUGGUGGCUGCCUUUGGGCUGGUGCUGCAAGGGCCUUGUGCCAACACCCUGCACAACUUCACUCAGGCCAGCAAGGCCGUGGCCUGCGGGGCAGAGCUGGCCCUGAACCAGACCGCCGAAGCGCUGGAACGGGCCAAGCGGCCCCUCGUCAGUGCCCUGAACAAGAUUAAGGCCAUUGCCCAGAAGGCCAAAGAGGUGGCUGACCGGGUUCGCAAGUUCUUUCGGUCGAUCAUGGACGGCGUGAAGCACGUAGCCAGGGCACUGCGGAACGUGUGGUACUGGCUCCUUCACAUCGGGGACGUGUGCAACGCCGAGCUGGGCAACCCUUACGUGAAGUGCGCGCGGGUCUUCGACGGCGCCAAGGACAGCUGCAUGAGGACCGUACCGCGAGCCUAUCACCUGUGCUUCGUGCUCACGCCCUUCAAGCUGGUGCUGUGCGGACUGGCCAGCGUGGUCCAGGUGUUCUGCAUCAUCCCUGAGUACAUCCAGCCCUUCUUGCGCAAGACCAUCGGCCCCCCUGUGAGGCACUUGAUCAACCGGGUGCGUCAGGAGUUUGAGUUCAACGUCACGGCCACCCACCACUUCUCUGUGGAUCUCAACGCCUCCCGGAGCCUGUCCCAGGUGGCCCUGGACCUGCAGGAAGCCGUCGGCGUGAAGCUGCACCGCGUCCGAGAGGCCCUGGCCCUGAUGGGCUACACCGCGCCCCUGCUGCUCCCGCUGCUCUACCUCCAAGCCCUGUGUUACCGGUACCGUUACCUGAACUGGCUCGGUUUUGACAACAUCUACAUUACCAGCCGGUUUCUGCUCAUGGAAGACGUCCGCUCCAGGGCGGGCCUGCCCACGGUGCUGCCGCUCAGCGCCCACGAGGCCCGACACUACAUCCAGCCCGGUUCCGUCUUCCUGUCCCGGUGGGAGCGGGUGUUCUAUAUCCUGGCAGUCUUCGACCUGGCCCGGUACCUCCUCCUCGUGCUCCUCCUGGUGUUCCUGGACUACGCCGUCUUCUGGGUGCUGGACCUGGCUCGGCACCAGCUGCAGGGGGAGAUCGUGGCCCGCAGCCCCGUGGCAGUGUCCAUAACCGUGGAGGGUCCCGGCUACACAGGGAAGAUCUAUCGUGACCUGGUGUCAGCGUUUGAUGUCCUGCAGCAGAGCAACAUCAGCGUCUUGUCCCCGCGCUGCGUCCUGCGCCCCUCGGAGCCUGACGCCACGGGUUACGUCGUCAUCGGCAUCAUGUACGGCCUGUGCUUCUUCGUCACGCUGUGUGGCAACUACGUCAGCAGGCUGCGGCGGGUCAUAUGUGCCUGGUACUACCCGUCCCGGGAGCAGGAGAGGAUCUCUUACCUGUACAACGUACUUCUGAGCCGCCGAACCAGUCUGUCGGCUGCCUUGCACCGAGCAGUGAGGCGGCGGGCGGCCGACCUGGGCCACACGAGUGUCCUGCGGAUGCUGGCCAGGCGAUGCUCCUGUCUGGCUCCGGUGGUCGCCCACUUCCGGCAGGAGCAGGGUUACUGCCUGGGCUGUGGGCAGGGCUACGACCAGGAGGACACGGAGACCUUUGUGUCCUGCGCUACCCCUGGCUGCCCAGGUCUCUUCUGCUCCACCUGCUUUCGUCUCCUGGGCAACGCCUGCUCCGUGUGUGCAUCUCCCCUGUCCCACCAGGGGGACCUGGACCCCGAGCUGGACUCCAGUGACGAGGAGGGCCCCCGGCGAUGGCUGGCCGCAGCCCGGAGACAGGACCCCGAGCAGGAGUGGUUACUGAGGCAACAGCUGCAGGAAACGCUGGGCAGGACCCUCCCUUCGGGGUCCAGCCCUGAGGUCAGUGACCUGGACGAGAAGGGGCCCCCGUAGAGGACUCAGAGGACAGAGGACACAGAUGCAGGGGCCCCACCUGAGAGGAUUCCCACACCCCCUCAGCCCGAGGGCACCCAGAGCGGCCCUUCUCCGGCUUCAGAACCCCAGCCCCUCCGUCUCUCACCUCCCUCCCCUCCUGAUGCCUCCUAGCUAACUCCCAAAUAAAGGACCCGAAGGCAGA